UGCUGAUGAGCAAGAGCCAAAAAAGGUGUUGCCGAAAAUGCGGGCUUAUGCAUUGCCGAAUGACUCGUUCCUGCACUUGAGGGAGUUGGCGUUCGAACCAGAUGAAAGCAGCAAUGGGGCGCUGCUGUCGAGUGUGCUUUGUGCGCCGAAACUGGAGCGUUUCAUGCUGAGUUUUCGUCGCGCCGAAAACCUCGACAUGGAGGACCUGGAGCGCAUCUCCGUCUGGGUCGAGGAGCAGCAAAUCCUGACCAACCUGACUCAUUUCCAGUUGGCCUCGCACCCUACCGUGCUGAAUGCCGAAUUCUGCCGCGCCUUUAGCGAUUUCACGAGAAACGCAUCCGCGUUUUUGCCCAAAUUGGCGCGUUUUGACGCGAUGUUCCGUCUCUCCUGCGUCGACGUGCGUCAUUUCAUGGCCGAAGGAGAGGAGGACGUUGUGUGUACUGACCGCGACAGGCAGCUCACCGCGGAAAAAUUCGCACAGUUCGGAGAGCAUAAAUACGUGCAAUUCCUCAAUGCGUACAAACGGAAUUAGAAGCUUGUUUUA